CCGAUCUUCACUUUUCUCCUUUUGCAAACACGCGACCUUUUGGCGAGCACACACAACGCAACAACGCUUGCAAAUCUUCCGAUUGCAAAAGAUCCAGUCUCUUUUGAGUUGAAACACUCAACCUCUCGUUUCGAGAUUUUCUCUUUCGGCACAACGUGCAACGGGUUGUCUGUGUCAAUAAACACACGCAGGAUCGCGGAUCAACAUCACCCUUGCCUCACCUUACCAUCACCACAACAGCCCACAGUCACAGCCUCAAUAACAGCAGAAGAAAAUGGGUGACAUGUGUACGCUGGUGAGCCAUAUUCAGAGCACAGUGGGUUUCCCUUUUGGCCUGUUUGAUGAAAAUGCUCUACUCCGCGGAGCAUAGCUCGCCAAAGGCGAAACUCACCACGAGAGCUAGCAGCGUUCAAUGCGGGAAGAGACUUGGAGGAGUAUGAGUCCGAAGAACAUCUCCAAGAGAUACCAACAGGUCCUCGACGACAGGGACUCGCCAAGACAAUUCCAUUGUCUACCCAAGACGAAGAAUUUAUCUGCCGAAUGGAACGAGGACGACUCACAGAAAGAACCGGCCUCGAACAUGGAACUUGCACCGUUCUUCAUUCUCCACCCCUCUCUCUCAAAUAAUGCAGUACGAGAGCUGAACAAGCAGCUGGCCGAGUCGACGUACAAGAACACAGACGGCAAGGACCAACCGCGGUACCAACCGGUGUAUUACCCCAGUGGCGCCCUGGACGUGUUCGAGUUUAGGCACGACCGUCCACCUGAUGAGAGGACACUGGAGGACUACCAGUUCAACAGGGUUGUGUUGGAUGGAGACGCUUCCUUCCCAGACCUGUGGACAAGCCCCAUCUCUACAUGCUCAACUGCAUUGCAUCCGCAAUCAAUACCUGUAGCCUGGGUUCACUCAAUAUCUCGUGAACGAGAUUAGGACAGGGGCGAAGCACUAUUUCACACGGCCAGGAGUCAAAAACACCAAGAGCUUGGCCGAUCAUGGCCUGGCGUCUACGUUGAAGCCCGAAGUGCCGUGGUGGGCAUCAUACCUACUGGCCGUGUGGUUUGAGCCUGCAAAAUUGCAAGGCUACUCUACUGCUUACAGGACCAUUUCGCACAGCUAAUUCGUCUGCAAAGAAUUUGGUCCCUCUCGUGUUGGAACCACAAUACGCGAAAUACCGCGACGCUCGAAGCGUCACCUGCUAAGACGUUAAGCCGGAG